AUGGGAUUAAACGGAAGAUUAGUAAUAACGCCUCUAACAGAUCGAAUUUAUAUGACAAUCACACAAGCAUUAAUCAUCAAAAUGGGAUGUGCUCCUAUGGGUCCUGCAGGAAGCGGCAAAACGGAAACAACAAAGGAUUUAGCAAAAGCAUUGGCACUGUUAUGCAUGGUAACCAAUUGUGGUGAAGGUAUGGAUAAUCGAGCUGUGGCAACAAUAUUGUCUGGAUUAUCACAAUGCGGUGCCUGGGGCUGUUUCGAUGAAUUCAAUCGAAUUGAUUUAUCAGUAUUGAGUGUGAUUUCGGCACAGUUGCAAACAAUAAGGAGCGCUUUAUUGGCCAACCAGGAAAAAUUUAUGGUAAAAUAAUUUUAAAAAAAUGAAAUCCGCGACAUUCGUUUAUCAUGUUAAAAAUGAAAACGUC